AUGUUUUGCGACAUCUGCGUAGGCGUUUUACAAUACCGUCGUAAUCCCAUCCCUCGGAACAAAUCGCACGACGAUGAGCUAGAUGACGACGGAUCGACAAAGGAUGGAGAGGAAACAGAAAACGAGGUUGAGAUGACGAGUGAAGACAAAGUAGAAGACCAAGAAGCGGUGGAGGAUGAAGACAUUGCGCAAGGCCAAGAAAGGACCGAGGAUGAACAGCAACAGGCCGAAGAAGAUGAGUGGACAGAGGAAGAAGAAAGUAGUGGUGAUGAAGAGAAGGGGAGUGAAAGUUCAUCACGAGAUGACUGUUUCACCGGUUCCCUUGCGUUUGGUCAUCAGCGUUCGUCCUCGGCCUUGAUCAAGUCAGCGAAGGCUGGAUGCUAUAUAUGUAAAACGGUUUGGGACUCGCUACCCAAAUCUGUGCAAGGAAACGUAUGUGCUGUAGAGAGCGAAUUCGCAACAAACAAGGAACAAGAACUGGACGGAGCCAAGCGUGAUCCAUCAAACUCGUCCGUUUUCUUUACACAUGCAUAUCUCUGGGCACUCGCACGUAAGCCACCUGGCUCGCUAUAUCUAAGAAUCGUUCUUCCUCCUCAAAUCUUUGAGAAUCAUCAUGAUACAACGAGCGAUUUUCGCCUCACACCAGCACCUGUCACUAAACAAGGGGCUGAGGAGAGUUCAUUGGUAGAUGUGACCUCUACUCAUACUUUCUCCAACGAAUCUAUCAGAACAGCCACGAGAUGGAUGAACGUGUGUUUGAAAACUCAUUCAGCGUGCAACAGAGACACGUCUGACGUGCCAUGGUUACCCACACGCCUGCUCGACUUGGGUGAUUCCGGUGAGCAUGAUGAGAUCGUGCGUCUGAUUCAUACAGCUGAAGAGAGGCCUGUUGAAGAGUUGAUAUAUCUUACAUUAAGCCACCGAUGGGGCGCAGCACAAUUCAUCCAGCUCACACGAUUCAACAUGGCACAAUUCCUCAAUGCUAUUACAGUUGCUGAUAUGCCGAGGACUUUUAGAGAGGCCGUAUUUGUGUCAAGAACAUUAGGCAUCUCUUAUCUCUGGAUAGAUAGCCUCUGUAUCAUACAAGAUAAAGACGAUUUAUCUGAUUGGUUCCGUGAGGCAGAAUUGAUGCACAAAGUAUACUCGCAUUCGUACUGCAACAUCUCCGCAUCAGAUGCAGAAGACAGCACAGAAGGAUUAUUUCGGAACCGGACGAUACGUGUGGCAAAAGCGAAGGUCUAUAUGAGAGACUUUCAUAGGGCAGCCAACUGUACCGACGUCGCAGAACUUACGACUUUCAGCCGUAAGUUCUGGGACCGUAAUGUUACACACUGUGGCAUAAACCAACGAGGCUGGGUCUUCCAAGAGAGAAUCCUUAGCCCCCGAAUUCUUCAUUUUGGUAAAGAACUGUUCUGGGAAUGUCGUCAGCACAGCGCGAGCGAGACAUACCCAAGAGGACUUUCUGAUUACUUCGAUAAAAACCCCUCAUCGCGCUUCAAGAUUGACAAUGAUAUCUGCAUGCGUACAACUUUACCACAUGCGCUCAAUAACAAACACGAAUGGUAUGCAAAAUGGCAUAGCCUAGUAGAGACCUACUCCGCGACACACUUUACAAAUCCGAAUGACAAACUCAUCGUGCUCUCCGGUAUAGCCAAGCAAUUUGCAGCUCUCACUAACGACAUAUAUGUGGCAGGGCUUUGGCACGCAGUGCUUGAGUUGGAGCUUUUGUGGAUGACCCCAACGAAAACCAAGCACAGCGAUGAUGUGUUCAAGUGGGCGCGUCCUGUCCUCUAUCGUGCUCCGACUUGGUCGUGGGCAUCAAUAGAAGGACCUGUCUUGCUAUACCAGUGGGUCCCUAAGCAGAUAUUGUUUGAGGUACAAGAUGUGGUCCUCGAACAUGCAACCAAGGAUGUCACAGGACGUGUCAAAAAUGGAUGGUUAGAUUUGCGAGGGUACUUGAAACCAAUGAAGGUUACUCGAGAUGCCACGCGUACAAGAGAUUUGCACGUCCCUUGGGUUUCCACCAGCCCUGAGUUCACUCUCACGUUUGACGUCACUCCGGCGGACGAAUCGAUCUUGGAGAACGAAAGUGAGAAAGACAAAUUCUUCUUCAUUCUCGGCGCGGUGGGAGUACCUGUUGAGGGAUACACGUAUGUCUUGCUUCUACGGAUUGUUGAUGUAGCAAAGGGCGAAUACGAGAGGGUUGGAGUUGGGAGUGGGUUUCUAAGCCCUGAGGAACUGUCUUUUGUAGUUUCUGAAUUGGGCGAAGAGACUAAGAAAAAGGUUCCCUGUCUGCGCUACGACAACGGACAGCACACGAUUCGAGUCAUUUGA